AUGAGCGGAGAGCAACAAACAAACAAACGCAGAUCUCCUAAUGAGCGGAGAAUCACAAAGCUUCUGGAAGAACUUAGGAGACACUGUAUGACAACAUCCAAGAAAGUUUGGGUGGGAAAACCUAAAGGUAAGAAGACGAGGAAGACUUCACAAGUUUGGGAGAACGUGUGGUCUUGGUCUAAUUUGUGCUUCGACGUACAACUUCUGUCUUCUGGUGCUGCAUUUCCAAUGGUCCAGCAUGGUUUCUAA